AUGGACAAAGCUUGGAACGCUGGAACGAAGGAAAAAAAAAAAAAAACUAGGGCUCGGCUCGCUGCUUCAUUGUGUCAUCGUCGUCCACAAUCUCCGCCGCUGCAUCUCCUCCAUCUGUCGGCGGCUGGCUGCGCCUCCUCCAUCGUCGCCGGCGGCUGCAAGAUGAAUUCUAUUAUAGAUAUGAUCGACAAUGAUAAUUUUUCUAUAAUUUCUCAAGCUGCUGUUGUGACUAAUUUGAUGAAUAUAGACAAUGAUGUUGAGUUAAAUGAAAUAUUGGAGGAUGGAAUUAGAGAUGAAGAUGAUGAUGAAACAUCUAUUUACAAUAAUGUUGAAUUACCCUCAACUUUUACUAAUAUGGAAGGAACAAAUUUGACUAUUGAUGAAAAUUGGAUUAUGACACAAUCAACAAUAUUCCGGCUUUUGAGAGCUGAAAUAGUUGAAAAAUUAGGCUAUACUCCUUCAUAUAAGAAGGUUUGGGUUGGAAAGCAAAAAGCAAUUGAACAUGUGUUUGGAAACUGGGAAGAGUCUUAUGUCGCUUUACCAAAAUAUCUAGGUGCACUUCAAAAGUUCAAUCCAGGAACUAUAGUUGAAUGGUGUGUUUCAAGAUCGAACGAUGUGGAUGAAGUUGAAUUUAGGCGUGUUUUUUGGGCUUUUGCUCCCUCUAUCAAAGGGUUUCACUAUUUUCGACCGGUGAUUAGUAUUGAUGGCACACACUUGUAUGGUAAAUACAAGGGUAAGAUGCUAAUUGCAAUGGGAGUUGAUGGCAAUAAUCAAAUUUUGCCACUUUCAUUUGCUAUUGUAGAAAAUGAAUCUUAUGAUACUUGGGAUUGGUUCCUUUCUCAUGUCAAGAAUCAUGUGGUGAAAGACCGUGAAGGCAUAUGCCUAAUAUCUGAUCGUCAUGGUGGAAUUCUUAAGGCUGUCAAUGAGCAUGGAUCUCCAUGGUUAGAGCCACGUGGUUUUCAUAGGUAUUGUUUACGACAUUUCAUCAACAACUUUUAUGACAAGUUUCAUAAUUCAGAAUUGAAAGCUUUAGCUUACCGUGCCGGGAGUCAGAAUCAAAUUCGAAAGUUCAACUCCAUCAUGGAAGAAAUUGGGAAAUUAAAUCCACGUGCUCAACAAUGGUUGGAGAGUCAUCCACUUAAUAGAUGGACACUUGCACAUGAUGGUGGAAGGAGAUAUGGGUUGCUCACAACAAAUUUGUCAGAGAUUUUCAACAGUGUACUUAAAGGUGCUCGUUUCUUACCAAUCACAGCUUGUGUGCAACUUACAUUCUAUAGAAUGGUGCAUUAUUUUGAGGUGAGACGUCCUUUAGGAUCUAGUUCUCAAGCUCAUGGAGAUACACAUACUCCACAUGUUGUUGUAAAACAAGUAGCUUUGAUGGUAAAAGCAAGUGCACAUUCCUUAAGAUCUUUUAACCGAGAAAAAUGUAUAUUUGAGUUGAUAACUCAAAGAGGUCGAAAUGUGCAAGUAGUUAAUUUAGAACAAAAAACUUGCACAUGUGGUAAAUGGGAGGCAUUUAAAUAUCCUUGUUCUCAUGUCUUGAGUGCAUGUGCCAAACUCUCUUUGAAUAGUUGGCAAUAUGUUGAUAGAUGUUACUCGAUUGAAUAUUAUUAUGCUACUUGGGCAUCUGAGUUCUCCCCUCUUCCUCAUGAAGCGUAUUGGCCACAAUCACCAUUUAAUGAAUUACUUCCAAAUUUAGAACUAUUACGAAAUAAAAAAGGUCGUCCUCGUUCAACAAGACUAAAAAAUGGCAUGGAUAUUAAAGAAGGAAGAAAUGCCAAUCUUUGUGGAAUUUGUAGGCAACCGGGACAUAAUCGAAAACGAUAUCCGUCUAUGCCAAGGUAAUGAUUUUUUACCGGUUCAAGGUCAAGCUAAUUGUGAUGGUUUUCUUUUUGUAAUAAACAACGUUGGAGUUUUUUUUUCUUUUUGUGGUGUUCUUUUUGUAAGAAACAAUGUUGGAGGUUUUUUUUUCUUUUUGUGGUGUUCUUUUUGUAAGAAACAAUGUUG